GCUCCAGAUCGAUUGUCCACAAAUGGAGACUGCCGAAAUGAAUGAGGUCUUCUUUACGCAGCUGAGAUCCUGGAACCGAAUAUCCCAGUGAUAUCAGGAGAAGAAUACUCGCGGUAGACCGAUGACCAGAAUGGCAAUGUCAGUCUUUCAAGUCGAGAACAAUAUCAAGCCGAUCGAAUACUCCCACCAGUCAAGCAUUGACGAGCCAUCGCAACCCCAUUGACCCAGUCGGGAAGAAUACUAAUGCACUCGACUUGAAUAUCGAUCCUUCUUCUUUAUCCGACUCUAUGGUAUAGCCACUCAAGUCCAAGAGAUGCAUCCAUUCCUCUCAGCCACCAGACCAUCACUCUCCUUCCUCCUAUGUUCCUCAUCAACACCGAAUCAAAGCUGAGAUUACACCACCUUAACAGAUUUCGCAGGCCGACUCAACACCCCUCAGACGAAGAUAUAAAGCCAUCGUCGAAUCCCCCAAGACCAAUCUCUUCUCUCUCACCAUCAAGCCUAUCAAUCCCAAACUCCAACCUUCAAAUAUCAAACUCCAUUCUUUGCUUCACGCAAAAACCCCAAUCAAUCAAAAUGUCUCCCCAGAGCACUGUCAAGGACGCCGUUGUCGUCAAGUCUUCCCCCGGUGGCGGCUGCGUCGUCAUGUAAACGCCCCAUCGACGAGACCCUCGCCCGCAAUGUUCUAGCGCCUACCGACCAGUGCCGUUCAACGUCAACCUAGCGAUAGCCACCGCCAGCCCAAGAUUACUCAACCGACCAAAUGCGGGCGUCUACUUGUCUUCUUUCCGUUUGAGUUGUUUUCUGCUAUAGUGACCGGACCUCCCGGGGUCUGCGUGCUUUUUGACUCUCUUCGUUCCUCGCGCACACGAUUAUCCUAGACGACAU